GCGGAAAAUAAAUACUGAUUGGUGAAAACAACGAGACGACAACAACAUAAACUGUCGAGUGGUCCAGAAUACUUUUUAAAAGAUGGAUUCGAAAGCUGAAGAUGUACCUGAGCGGACGGAAGGGACCUACCAGUCACUGCCACCGGUUACAGACCACGAGAGGGACAUCGCAAGCAGAUGUGCAAGUGAUUUCGAGAAAGGAAAUUUCGAGAGCUGUUUGGCGGGAAUAAGCAACUUGUACUCGGUUAGGACACUGGAUCCUAAAGUGAUGCACAAUAAGGGAGUAGCAGAGUACUACAUAUCUGGCUUGCGGAAAACUGACGAAUUUAGGAAGUGUAUGAACAGUGUUUGUCACCUGUGUCAAGUAAGCCUGGACAACAUAGCCACUUUAGAUGACGUUGAUCACUGCAUUGUUUACUACAAUCAUGCUGUUAUCCUACACCACCUCAAACAGUAUCAAACAGCACUUGCUGUUAUGGACAAACUCUUUCAGUACAUAGAACCAUUAGAGGAAAACAUAGCCAGAAAAAUAGCUUUUCUUCAUGUGGAAUUAUACCUUUGCACACAGCAGCCGGAGAAAGCUUAUGCCAUGCUAGGAUUCAUUGAGAAGAAUAUUCUGAGCAACGGGAAGUCGCAGCAGCAGACUCCAGACAAGGACAGAGAACAGGGCCACAGAGACAGUGAAAUGUCUGGAGAUGUGUGGAGACCUAAGAUUAGUCAGUAUAAAGCCCGGUGUUACUUGAUGUUGAAGUCUAUGAAAGCCUGUAAGCGCGAGAUCAAGAAUAUGAUGAACUCUGUUGGACUGGGACCACAGCUUGUGUAUCUGAAGAGCAACUUUGAAUACCUCCGUGGCAAUUACAGAAAAGCCAUCAAGGUGCUCAACUCGGCGCCGUCCCAAACCAAGGGACCCCAAGAGACUGGGGAGUGUAUACCUGCUAUGUACUACAACAACAUGGCAUGUAUUCACUUCCACAUGAGGAAGCACAACUUGGGGGCUUUCUAUCUGAGAAAGGCUCUACAGGAGAAUGAGAAUGCUAGUAAGGAUGUCAGCAGGACCGAUCUGAGUAAAUCUCUCUCCGGUCUGCCCGUCUUCACGUUGGGUAUCAGUCGUCAUCACGAGCUUCUCUACAACAUGGGCAUACAGCUGUUGCAUUGUGGGAAGGCUUUGGCGGCAUUCGAAUGUCUGAUCAUCGCCAUCCAGGUGUAUCACACGAACCCACGUCUCUGGUUACGACUGGCGGAGUGUUGUAUACAAGCAAAUAAAGAGAACAACGAUGAAGACCGAAAACUAAGUCAUCGCCUCGAGGUGGUUCAAGGAUCAGUUGGCUCUGGUGUUCAUAGGAAACUUAUCAUCGGGCCUGGUAUAACUUCUAAUUACAAGUUAAGCAAUGAGUCUGCUGCCAUCCCCACAACCAGCUUAGAAUUUGCUGCAAUGUGUCUGCGGAAUGCCUUGACAUUGCUCCCAGAUGAGAGGAUUCCCCCAGUACCAUCGGAGGAUGCAGAACCAGGGAAACCAGCCCACGAUUCUCCACUGCCAGCACCUCCAGCUAACCCCAUGAAAGCAAAUGAAGUGGCUAAUCUAAGGUGUUCGGUGCUGUGCCAGACGUCUUAUGUGGCGUUAUGUCUCAAUGAUUUUCUGGUCGCCGCCUUGAAUGCCGACAGACUGCUCAAACAGCCAAAGUUAUCAGGUGCUCAUAGAUACUUGGGCAAUAUGUACCUUGGGGAAGCCUUGGUGUCUUUGGACAGGAUUGCAGAUGCUGUGCAACAUUUUAAUCCAGAUGCCAUCACGGAUGUUUCAGUCACCCCUCCUGACUACAAACAAGACCAGGAACGUGAUAGAAAUGGUGAAGCACAGGAAAGUGAAAACCGAGGUGCUCUAUUCAACUGGAUACCCCGGGACGUGAUGAAGGCCAAGGCGAUAAUGCAGUACAAUCUCGCAACAGCUCAUGCUAUCAGAGGCGAACAUGAAAAGGCAAUCAUGAAUCUGGCCAAGAGUACUCAGGUUAUUGGCACACCAUUCCCAUCUCACAUCUACUUCCUGAGGCUGUACCUGGAUCUGAUGGAGGGCAGACGAAAGCUUGCUCAGGGUGUCAUCAAGGAGCAUUUCGGACACAUGACACCAAACCGAGCUUAAUUUGAAGGAAACUUAUCUUAACUUGACUGGUUCAGCUGCGGAGCAUUGAAAGGCACCAAUGGUAACUUUAACAGCAAACUGAGGAAAUGAAAUUUCCCUCAAGGUGUUAUGAAGGAACAAUUUGGACACUGGGCUUGAUUUGAAGGAGACUUGAUUUGAAAGAGACCAUGUCAACAUGGACUUUGCUGGUUCAACUAUGGAACGUUUAAGGUGAUGAUGGUAACUCUGAUACCAAAUGAGCAAAUGAAAUUUCCCUCAAGGGGACACGAAGGAACAUUCUGGACACAUCAAACCGUGCAGACCCUGAACUUAAUUUGAAUGAAUGUAGAACAUUUGUGACCCACCACGGCAAAUGAGUCGCAUGUCGCACAGAAGAUGAGCCUAAAAUGACACUAGGACAUAAUAGAAGAAAUUGAUAUACUCCGAUUUCACAAAAGGCAGACAAUAGUGGAAUGAACAAUCAGUCCGUCUCAACCUGUCAAGCUCCGAGCGACAUGCGACUCAUUUUGCCAUGGCGGGUCACAUUUUGGACUCAUGACACUGUGCAGAGAAUGACAAUUGGACUGCAUUUGUUUACCUUUGCAUCGCCUCGACUGAAUGAAAAUCGGCAUGAAUUUUAAUCGAGAAAUUUUCGAUUGAGUGGAUCUUGAAUUAGAAUGCAAAGACAAAAAACUUUUGUAUUGUCAGAAGUGUUAGAAGUGUCAGUUUGGUUAUUAAGACUCUGUCUGCCUGUCAUUGGUGACUGGUACCUGGUACCACCAAAACUAGAUUCUUACAAAAUUCUUACAAAGGGGAUCCUAUCCAUCAUCUGCAUGUAACCUUUGAGAAUUUUCAAAGUUUUGAUUGGUUGAUUACAGUUGUUGAGUAUGAAAUGAAUGAAUUUUUACCUGCAUAUUUUUGAGGUAUCAGCUGCUGAGAGAUUCAAUGCUUUUGAAAUCUCAUCUUUUAAAGUGUGCGGGUACUGAUUUUCUUUGCUAAAAGUGUUAAAUACUAAAAGUAAAAGUCGAUUCUCAUUAUCAAAAAUCAGACUUUGAAGCAUGUACAGAAUUAUUGUAUACAUACUUGUGUGUAGAAUAUAAUGAUGAGAAAUAUUAUCUGUAAAUUGA